AUGUCUCUGGUCUUUAACCCCCGUCUGCUGGCCAGGGCUUGCAAGCAAUCGCUGUUCGCAGUGCCCGCUCGCAGCAUCACUUUGCCAAGUAGCCCAGAUGCUAUCGAUAAUUCAAGCUCUGACGUACCUCAGAGCAUAGCUGGAAUAUCACCACUCUCAACGAAACGGGACCAACAUCCUGCAUCAUGUACCAAAAACUGGGCGGAGCGCCUGGACGGUAUCAACUCUAAAUCCAGGUUGCCUCGAAGUGUGCAAGCAGUGUAUUUGCGGCCUCUCCGAAGGAAAGCCGAAUACGGAUUGCCGGUUUGCGAUCUUCAACUUCGGUCGUACAGUGUUCGCAAUGUGGAGUUCUUCGCUGAUUUCGCCGUGCGUGCUGCCUACUACUUAAAACUUCCUGUCUCCGGUCCUGUGCCUCUGCCACGCAUCGUUGAACGUUGGACAUUCCCUCGAAGCAAUUUCGUGCACAAGAAAAGCCAGGAAAACUUCGAACGGAUUACUCUUCGCCGACUGAUUCAAAUCAAGGAUGGCAACCCUGAGGCUGUACAGACGUGGUUGGCAUUCUUACGAAAGCAUGCUUUCUAUGGAGUGGGCAUGAAAGCUAACGUUUGGGAACACGAGAGCCUUGAUGUGUUCAAGAAUAUAGAUAAGGCGGCCCCUGAGGUUGAACGGUCCCUUGAGCCUCACCUAUCACACUUCGGUCAACGGAGUGGUGAAGGGGCGCAGAGUUCGAUACCUGAUCUUCUGGGUGGCAUGCGACUUCCGAAGCACAGAAGUCCAUUAAGCAGCGUCCGCAAAGGCUAA